AUGAGUAAUAAUUUAAGCACUUCUGAGAUAUUUAAUAAUGCUGCAGCAGUCUAAAUGCUUUUACAUGCAUUAUGUAAAUCAGUGUCUCAUACUGAUGAAGAAUUUAAUUUAAAAUAUGAUGUUUACGAGGCAAGUCAAAUUAAAUAUUUUAGAGAUUGAU